AUGCCCCUGUGGCACAACGGAAACUUCAUCCUGACGAUAGCAUCAUUUCCAGGCGACGAUCGAGUUCUUGCAGCUGCACAACAUCAGAUUCGCCAAAGCUUUAGAGACCAAGCCACUCUCGCAACGACAGAUUCCGCCUACAGUCAAGCUAUCCAAAAAGCCGAAGACAUUGCUAAGAUCCUCAGAGAAAACGUCGUCCAGGGUAAACAGGACGAGUCGCGUGUCUACAAGUUGCGCAUUCAUGAGGACACCGAGCGGGGCGACAACGAUUCUAUCAAGAUAGCCGGCAGCGGCAAGGCGACUAUGGGCGGAUGUGGUUGCAGUUGA